UGUUCAUAUUUCUUUUUAAUAAAUGUUAGUCAAAUAUCACAACGACCAUGAUUAGCAAUUGAUGAAUUGUUACUGUAUGGCUGAUUUUAAAUAUUCUACAUUUCAAGAUAAAAAAAAUAAUCAAUAUUUUGAAUCAGCAAAACAAUGGAAUGGUCCGAAAACAUUAACUUUAAAGCGUGGAAAAAAUGGUUUUGGUUUUUCAUUACGAUAUUUUGAGGUGGAAACCCCAGUAUUUGACAGCCCUUCUUCAAAAUUUUUUUAUAAAGACACAAUCUUUAUAACCAUCAUUGUCCUCAUGGUUUCAAUAUCUUUGUUUCGAAGGUUGCACAGAUAGUGGACAUCAUCAAACUUCAUUGUCCAUUUUCCUGUCAUACAUCAUAAUAAUCUGGAUACAUCUGGUAGGGAUUCAAUCGCAACAGUUUUUGGUUGGAUCAAGGUUUAGGUGAAAAUGAUGCCGAUGAUAAUUUAUUAUCUGCUGCAAAAUCCUCUCAUCUGGAUAUUUUCUUUAUUAAAGAUGUGGAAAAAGGAAGUUGGGCAGAAAUGCUUGAACUGCAGCAAGGUGAUCGUUUAGUUUCAGUAAAUGGAGAUUUAGUUGGUGGCAAAUCUUACAAAGAUGUUGUAGAAUUAAUAAAAAACUGUGAUGGAGAAUUAAAAAUUGGGGUUAUUCCUCAUGGUCAGGAUAUUCUAUACACAAUUUAUCAAGAGUUUGAUAGCAAAGAGUAUAGUUUUGAUUGCCAACAAUUACCAAAAAUGUCUCAACCAAGUGUCAACAAAUGGGCUGCAUCUAUUCAACCAAGAAAAAGUGCAAGCAUGGAGACCAGGCAUAACAGUUUUAUGGAUGAAAGAAAAUAUGAUCCAUGUGUUUCUUUUGUAGCUGGAACUCCGAUUUUGAAUCAGGAAUCUCGUUCUAGCAGAUCUAGUUCAAUUGGUUCAUCAGGAAUGCAUACUCCACUAAGAAAUGCAGAUUCCCUUCCUUUAACACAAAGUUCUAAUAGUAUUGAAUUAGGAAACCAAUCGCCUACAUUGGAUCAAAAUUUAGGAUUUUCAGUUGGUCAACCUCAAAACAAUGAAAUUAAAGAUGAUGACCUAGGUUCAGGUGUUCCACCUCAAACUUUAAACAAAGCUUUAAAGCGUGAAGUCUAUAAAAAGUCUUAUGGCUUGCGGUUGGCACCUAAAAUGAUUUCAGGAGUAUCUAAACCAGGAGCUGUAAGUAACAUUAAAGAGCUUUUUGCUCCCGGUAGGAACUCAGUAAACUUAGGAAGGAGGUACUCAGCUACAAGUGUCUUAAGAGAAGACUUUCAACAUGAUGAUAAUAUAGGCUUUUAUUUAGAUUCUGAAGAGUAUAAAAAUAUGCGUCAAAAUGAUUCAAAAUCACAAGUUUCCGAUUCAUUAGAAAAAGAAGCUUUAACUAUUAGGUUAACCACUAAAAAUUAUCAAGCUACAUUGAUUGAAAGUUCUGAUUGUAAACAAAGUGAAAGUGUUACAUUAGGAGAAGAAAAUACUAUUAUUAUAACUCCUAAAUUUGAUGAAAAUGUUGCAUCUAGUCAAAAACACUCUACAAUGAUAGGUAUAAGAAAACAAUCAACUUCUUCAGUUGAGAAUUCUGAUGAAGAUGACUCUGAUGUUCAUUCUGAGAAUGAACAAGAAUUAAAUAACUGGGAGGACAGACGGGCUUCAUAUUUACAAUUAAAAGAUAAAGAAAUAAGUAGAAAAGGGAAUAGUGAUGCUGAUGGUGAAGACAGCGAUACAAACAGUAAUAAAUCUCAAGGACAUUCGCAAAAACCUGCUGACGAUGAAGCCAGUUUGGUUAUCAAGGAAGGUCCAUUAAAUAGAAAACUAGAAAAAUCUAUUGACAAAAAAAAAGCACAUGCUCGAACCUGGAAGCCUGUUUAUGCAGUGUUAAAAGGACAUCGAUUAUUCUGCUACAAAGCACAAGGUUGUGAUGCAGAUGUUGAUAUUAUCCAACCAAUACCAAUCAGAAGUUCCAUUAUAGAAAUAGCUAGUGAUUAUGUAAAAAGAAGACAUGUUAUUAGAAUGGUUACUUCACAUGGCAAUGAAUAUCUUUUUCAGGCUGAAGAUACAGCUGCAAUGAUGAGUUGGGUGCAUGCAUUGAGAGAUGCAAAUCCAGAUAAGGAGAGUUUGCUGAAGUCAACUGCUUCAAUUAAGACACACAAAAAAUUGGAAAAUGAACCGUCGCCACCCCAUCCUGUUAAGUUUACUGGCAAAGAAAAGAAAGGAACAUACAGCUUAAAAAUGGGACACUUUAGUCUUCGCAGCAGAAAGAGUCGUGGCUCUGAUGCACCAAUUAUUAUAAACCCAAAGUAUUCAGUGGCACCUAAAACAUUUGGAAUACCUAUUCAUUCUUGUCCCCCUGCAAAAAAUGUCAAGAAUGUUCCUUUGGUAGUUGAACACUGUUGUAAUGUAAUUGGGGAAAGAGGAAAGGAGGUUGUUGGAAUCUACAGAGUUCCUGGAAAUACAAGCAAUAUUCAAUUACUUAAGAGAGAACUUGAUGAGAAAGAUCCAAAAGAUAUCAAUUGGGAUGAAGAAAAAUGGUAUGAAUUAAACAACAUUGGAAGUUUGCUGAAAUCGUUUUUACGAGAGCUUCCUGAACCUAUUAUUCAUAACAAUGUUUAUUCUACUCUACUUGAAUCCAAUCAUUUAAACGAUCAAGUGAAGAAGAUGGCCACAAUGAAAACUGUAAUCAAAUCAUUGCCAGAAUAUCAUUAUUGUACAUUACAAUUUCUAAUAAAUCAUCUAAGAGUUAUUGCUGACCAUAGUGACAAAAACAAAAUGGAGCCAAAAAAUUUAGCUAUUGUUUUUGGACCAACAAUUGUAAGGACAAAUGAAGGAGAUCUUGCAUCUAUGGUCAAAGAUAUGUCUGAUCAAUGUAAAAUUAUUGAAACACUCAUUUUGAAUUCUGAAUGGAUGUUUUGUGAUGGAGACGAACCACCUCCUGAAAUAGAAAACAACAACAAUGCAGAAAUUAUUAGUGCUAAUACUUCAAAAUGGAUGGCAGAUAGUUUAAAUAAGUAUGCUGUUCCUAAUGUAGAAAAUGAUCCAGUUCAAUCAGGAAAUAAGGGUCAAAAGUUUUUAAAUAAAUUGCUAAACAAAGGUAAUAAAAUGAUUUCUCCUAUAAUGGAUCGAAAGAAAUCAUCUACAACUGAACCGCCGAGGCAGAUUGAGCCAGAUAGUGACAGUGAAACUUCAGGUUUUAGUGAAACACAGUCCCCAUUGAUGCCUGUUAAAAGCGAUAAGAUUGAUGGAUCGGAUAAGUUAAAACGUGCUGAAAUACAUCACUUUGUACCAUCGGAAGCGUUAGUUAACACAAAUUCUUUGGUAUCAAAAAACAUGGGCACCUUUCUUCAAAACUCAAAGGUUUCAAUGCGCUUUGAUCGCAAUAAAUUUUCACCAGAAUCAAGUUAUUUAGAUGAUACAGAUGUGCUAAUCAAACAAAGUCAAAGUUCUAGUAUUAGUAAGCAAGACGACGAAGAUAGCGGAAUUACGAGUCCCCAAAGAUUUGAUAGCGAUGAUAAUAAUAGUCUUACAAGUGAAAGUAGUUGUGGAUUUAAAGAACCAUAUGGUUCUCAAAGUCCUGUUAUUGGUCGCACAAUGCAAGUUUUUAUACCAACUGUUAAAAGGGCCAAUUCAUUAGGUGGUUAUAGUGCAGAUGCGGAUGAACUUUCACCUACAUCGACCCCAAGUUUGCGAAAGCCUUUUCCCGUUGAAGUAAAAGACAAAAGUGAAUCGGAAAUCGUAAAAAAUGAUUCUGUAUUUUCUAGAUAUGAGAAACGUUGUGAAGUACGUCGAGGAAGAAAGCCUUGCGAUGCAAAGCGAGAACUUUAUUCUAUAUUACCCGGAGACGGAAAUAAUUAUGAAGAGAAAAUGCGAGUACUGCUUGAUAAAAACUAUGAUGGUGUCAUCAGAGAUCAAGUUGAGUUAGAAAUGUGCAAAAAACCUUCACGUGUAUUUAACUCAUCAGCUAAGUUUACUAACUUUUCUGACAAACAAGCAAAAAUAACUAUUGAUGAUUCAAAAUCAAAAAGUCUUAUAGACGAUUCAAGCGAUAAAAACCUACUUUUAAAUGACUCAAAACAGAAAAAUAGUUCUUCAGAUGAAAAUAAAAACUUUUUUCUUUCUACUAACCAAGUUAGUCGUCAAACAUCAAAUGAAAAUAAAAACUUUUUUCUCUCUACUAACCAAGUUAGUCGUCAAACAUUGGAUAAGAUUUCUGCUAUUAAUAAUCAAGUUAGCCGUCAGCCAACUGAUAAGAUAUCAGCUCUUAAUAUUAUUACAAAUGCGAUAGAUAUGAAACAGCGUUCAAACAGCAUUAGCAAUUCUUUAUUAAGUCCUGCAAUUGUUCGUAAAGUAUCUCUAAUGCCUAUGCAGUCUUAUAACCCCCAACUAGUUGCUCGUAUUGAUGAAUUCAAACAUAAAAGAGAGAUGCUUGACAAAAAAGUAGAAUCUUUAUUAGCAAAUGCAUCAGAGAUUAAUGCUGUAACAGCGCAAGUAUCUGUGAAUUCGAAUAUGCCAAAUAUUAGAUCUCAGAAUCUUUCAUCUCGACCAAUCAAUAUAAAACCAGAUACAAACUCAAAUAAACCUUUCGUUAAUUCAAAUGAAAAUUCGUCAGGUAACAUUGCUUUAUCUCCUAAUAAAUCUAAAAAGUUAGACGAAUACCUUUUACAAGUUGCUGAGUUGUUAAAUGAUUCUAAAAAUAGUGAAAUUAAUUCUAACCGGCUGCGUGGUGAUAAUGACUUGAAUGAUUCUCUAAGUCAUGAAAAACGGUCUAUUGAUCAGUUACGCGAUCGUACAUUUUCAAAAUGUUCUACACGGGAGUAUGUUGAAGAAAGAAACUCCCCACUUUUAGAUUAUACUUACAGUAAUUUAAACUAUAGUAAAUUAUAUCCUAGUUGAUUCGUUUGAUUUUCGCGCUAGUAAAUAUAUAUAUAUAAUCAUUCGCCCUCUUUUUUUCUUAAGUCCCAAAAUAUUUUAUAUCUCAAAAUUCCCCUUAAGUUAUUUUUUUUAAUUUCAGAUUAUCUUCUGAUAUAUCGUAUUAAUGUUUGUUUUCUUAAUAGAUUUUAUAUUGUUUAUUUUCUUAAUGUAUAAAUUUUUUAUAUAUUUUUUUCUAUUCGAGUUUAAGGUAUAAAUUGUAAAUAAUGGUUCUUAUAUAAGAAUCUAAAUUAUUUCAUACUA